CCCUUAUAUAUUACCUUACAUGAAUCAGCAUGGCGACGUGCAUUCCCUUUCAAACCCAGUUAUCUUCUAUAAUGGAGGUUUUGGUGAAAGCAGCUGUGGCAGAAAUAUCCAAACUAGUCGAUGACAAAUGUGCGUUUCUGCAUCUGGAAAUAUCUCGAAAGCAAAACGAGAAUGAGUUACUGAAGAGGAAAUUACUGAUGAUGGAAAACAAGAGAGGUCAGCUGCAGCGGGGGUUUGAAAACUACAUGGACAGAGGAACUGAUGUGCGGAGCUGUCCACAUCCUACUGCAGAUAUUAAGUUUCCUGAUAUUGACGAAGCCACAGUUUCGUUCACCAUUAAAGAAGAAAGUCCAGAUGAGAUGCUGUGGAUCAGUGAAUCUGCAAGGCCGAUUGGUUCUGCUGGUCAAUACCGCCGUCCAGCUAACGCUCCAGAGAGCCAGCAGCUGGAGGAGGACCGUCAGUUAAACCUCUCGGAGGGCGGCACAAGAAAAUCAUCAGAGUUCAGUGACUUGUAUAACUCUGCAGCGCGUGCAGGAGACAUCAGUGGCCUUCAGUUCACGGUGAAGACGGAGAAGCAGGAGGACCGCUCAGGAUUUAGUCAGGACGGGUGCCAGCACGGCGCAGCCAAGCAGACUCCACUUGCCGCUGACUUUUCCUUGGAUGAGAGAGACUCCCAGCUCUGGUCCUCCAUCAUUGAAGGCGACGACAUUGAUGCAGGUUUCCCUGACUUUUCUAGUGUGGUAGAGGAAUACUCCAACACCUUUCCGGACCAUUCUGAUGUGGGUUCGACCAAGGCUGCAAGCACUCAGAGGCCGUGUAAUGGGAUGUACAACAGUGAGUUUCAGAAGGAUGGUCCACAGUCUUCCGGUUUUCAACCCAGACCUCAGGGAGGUCCGCAGAGAAACCCCUCACAUCCAGAUGAACACUCGGAUAGGGAGAGUGCCGCCUCAGAUAGACCGGUCGUAAGUCACUCUCACGUCCAAACAGGCAGCUUCCACCCUCCCUCGUCCCACAGGUCUUUCUCCGGAUCGACUCGGGGAUUCUCCUGCUCGCACUGCGGGAAGACCUUCGGCCGUCUGCACCAGUUCAAGCUGCACCAGCAAAGCCACAAGAGGAAGCGCACGUUCUGGUGCACGGUGUGUGGGAAGAGCUUCCAGUGCUCGUCCCACCUCAACAUCCACCACCGGACACACACGGGCGAGAAGCCGUACGGCUGCGGUCAGUGUGGGAAGAGGUUCACGCAGCAGAGCAGCCUGAGGGUCCACCAGCGCACACACAGCGGGGAGCGGCCCUACAGCUGCUCGCUCUGCGGGAAGACAUUCAUCCUGAUGCACCAUUUGAAACGCCACAGAAUCAUCCACACAUACAGCUGAGGUGGAGCCAUGUAUCGAGUGGUGCAGGAAUGAGUCCUAAAACCUGGACAUUUCUGGUUCUCUCCACCUGUAAUCAACAUUUUUUGAUCGUAUUUGGGGUUAUAUGGCUGAAAUAAGGUCCGUGGUUAACACAAGCUAAAGAGAUGUUCACGUUUUGUUCUACGACAUGAGAUAAGUCAGAUAACGCCCAGCUGGUGAACGUCUGAAGCUUUUACGUGACUUAAAAACAGCAGGUGCUAACAAGCGGCUAAUAGCUCAUUCACACCAACGCAACUCCGGUUCAAGCUCCGUGCUAGAGCUUUUCAGGUUCAGAACCGGUUCUUCUGUUU